CCAUUGCACAACAACGCGGAAAGGAAAUAUUUUCUGACCAAUAACAGAGAAGCCAGAAUUGUUUUCAGGAUAUUCAGAUGUGUUUAAAAGCAGCGAAUUUCGCAUAGGGCUGUAUCGUUUCUGAAAAAGUUACAACCAUAAGGUCUGUGAGGAGUCUUUUCACUCGAGGAUUGUUUGUUAAACCUAGCUCGUCAUCUAUCAGCAUGUCUACAGAAAAAGUCGCCACCGUCGAUUCUUUCCAAGUCGGACUUCCACCGGCUUAUAGACCAGCUGAGGUCAAAGGUCAAUCCAAGACGGGCUGGAAGGUGUCCGUUGCUGUCUUAGCUGUGGCUGUUGUUGUCUUGGUGAUCACUGGAGGAUUUUACAUAGGUUAUCUGCAAAACGAACUAGCGCAACGAACCACGCUAGAGCAAGCAAAAACAUUUGCCGUUCGUUUCCACGAGAAAGGCAAUAUCGUUCAAGAGAAGAUUGCGGUGAACCUGCAGACACAAACUGAGACUUUCUUCGGCGUGAAACACAAUGAUGUUCCAAAAUUUACUGCAGUCAACGAUUUCAAGCAGGGCAUCACCGUUGUUCAUGUACCUUCUGCCGGGGCCUGCUACGUCCGAGUGCUAGACACGACCUUCCCAAAGCCCCAGGAUCUCAAGGACGAACUGGAUGCCCACGCUAACGAAACUUGGGAUGAGGUGCCACGCGAAUACCACUAUUUCAAGACAGUCAAGCCCGCCAUUGGGGACGCUUCUUUCUUACCUGCUGAGAUCAAGAGCCACUGCCAAGGUUUACCUAUAUAUUGGACUGUACCUGUCAGCUCUCCAGGUGUCAACUCCAGGCAGAGACGCGUAGCAGCAGAAUUAACAGAAGCACAACGUAGUGUAGCUGUAUGCGUUCGUGUAUUUGGGAGACAUAUCUUCACAGUUAGUUUCUAAACAUCGCGAGAGAGAAUGGCUUUACGCUAUUUUUGUGCACAAUUUGUCUUGAAAAAUGCAAAAUAUUUUUUAAAUAUUUUUAAAUAUUUUAAAAAAUAUCUUAAAAUUCUCUACCGGGUCAAACUAAUCUGUUGACGAUAUAGAAUGCAUGCUUGCAUUUUAAAAAGUGCAUUUUCAUAUGUUAUGUUGUUAAUGUUAGAACAAUGUAUGCUAUAAUCUGAGUGAUAAAUACAUUAAUUACAGCUCUAUUUGUUAAAAUAUUUACAAGGUACAAAAUAAAUCCCAAAAUGAACAUUUGAGUCUUCAUAUUUUGUAUCACUAUGAUGUUAAAUGAAAUGUCAAGAUAACCAUGUGGAUUGUUUACAUUUAAUCAUUCCUAAUUAUAGUUAUCAUGUUUAGUUGCGUGUUUAAUAUUGUAAACCAAUGUCACAUUCUUAUAUACAGUAUUUAUACCCACGUAUACAUUUUCACCGGUAAACAAGGUGCAAUAAAUAUUCAUUUAAUGGUA